AUCACUCACGAGUCACAUAGUUAUGUUUGAGGUAUUGUCUAUAUUAUGCACUCACCAUUUAUUAGGAAAUAAAGUUCUUUUUUCCUAUUACAUCUAGAGCUCUGGCUGAGUACUUUGUACUUUUAUUUCAUACUUGUGACAGACUCUUCUUCUUUGGUUAUUUUGCCAAUCUUUUUAGGAUACUUUCAUUUUCAAAAUGCUUAUCAUUGUUAUGACCAGACCACUAAACUAUUAUAUAUUUGAGCACAUCUUACUUUUCAUGAGCGCUCUACUUACUCCUCUGCCUUCUUCUAAGACAUGCUUUCUACAUGUUCCUCAUCCUCUCGAAGUAGUUAUACUCAUAGGUUCAUCCCUAAAGAUUUACACACUAUGACCCUCCUCUGUUUGCAAUAACUCCAUUUAUGUUGUUUGAGCCAACUAAGGAUUCACCUAGUAGAGUUUUCUUUCAUCUCGAUUUGUUUGUUACCCUCAUAAAGGUAAACAGUAGCGUAUUGAUUACGGUACUUAUUAUUAUACGGCCCUUGGCCAUAUUUUCACAGUUUGACUUCUCUCUGUCAUUAAUUUCUAUAAUAGGCGCUAUAGGAUCUACAGUGGGAACAUAUUGUGAGUAAUGAAACGAUUGAUUUACUAAAUCAACAAAAUGGGAUUUGGUUACCCUCGUCCAAACAGCAAGUCAAUCCAAUAUCAAUGGGGUUUUACCAGAAAAUUACAUCUUAAAUUUCUCUAUUGAUAGAUGUGAAAUAUGCUUGAUUGCUAAAGGUUUUACUAAGUUCUUGGGGUCAAAUCUCUUGCGCUAAACUCUACUUUGUUUGAAUUCUUUUGUUUCUUGCUAUUAAUUAAGGCUAGACAUUGCUGUAAUUGGAUGCGACUAAUUCCUUUCUUUUUGACGAUCUUAUUAAGCCUAUUUAUUUUGAGCUCCAAUAGGAUACAUCACUCAAGGAGUGACUAAGCAUGUAAGUUCUGCAGCAAAACACAUAGCCAUGGCAUGCUCUACAUGUGAAGUGAUAUAGGUGAAACCUUUGGAAAAACUAGAAACAAUUGGUGCAUUUCAGAAGCUGCCCAUGGUGAUGCCUUCAGCAGAUAUACUUUCUUCGGCACUAAGGAAGGCAAGGAAUAUUGCUGCUACAAAGGGUAUUGCAAAUAUUGCCAAGCGAGAGAGAAAUAAAGGGGCAAAACAACUUGAUGCUUUAAUGAAAGAAUUAGCUGUUCCUCUCAGAGUGUACAUUGAGAGUUUUCCUAAAAAGUGGUCCUUGCAUCCAUACGAGAGAUCACUCAUUCAAUUAACUUUCGGUGAUGGCAGUUAUGAGGAGGUACUGAAAAGAGUAGACGAUCUCAGAAAGAAGCUAUUAUCUGUUGGAAAGCAGCAUGCAUCCUUUUGUGCCCAGUCAUUAUCUAAGCGUGAAGCUGAAGAAAGAUUAAAAGAGGGCCUGAAGAAGCUCGAAGAAGUUUUCGAACUUGAAAAAAUUGCUGUAGACAAUUUAUUAAAUGUCGCAAAGACACUGCGUGCCAUGCCUGUGGUGGACCUACAGACUCCAACCCUUUGCCUUGUUGGAGCACCCAAUGUGGGGAAGUCUUCACUAGUUCGCAUACUUUCAACUGGAAAACCAGAGGUUUGCAACUAUCCUUUCACCACGAGGGGAAUUUUGAUGGGACACAUUGCUCUAAACUAUGAGAAUUAUCAGGUUACGGAUACACCUGGUCUACUUAGAAGGCAUGAUGAUGACAGGAACAAUCUUGAGUUGUUAACACUCGCUGUGCUUGAGCAUCUGCCUACUGCCAUAUUGUAUGUUCAUGAUCUCACAGGUGAAUGUGGGAUCUCAUCAGCUGAUCAGUUCAUCAUAUACAAGGACAUAAAGGGAAGAUUUGGGGAUCGUCUUUGGCUUGACGUUGUCUCUAAAAGUGAUUUAAGGCAAGAACCAACAGAUGGCAUUCUAAAUGAUUAUGUCGACGAUGAUAUCGGCCGAUACCAAAAAUUUGGGCCUGACGGUGCUAUAUGGGUUUCCGUGCAGACCGAAGCGGGUAUUAGUGAGCUGAAGUCCAGAGUUAAAGCUCUGCUCACCUCCCAGAAGGCUAGAAUCAGAAAGGGAAACUGCAGCCAUGCAGAACUUGAAGGUUAAGCUGAUCAUUGCUGUAUGUAAAUGAGGUUUUAAUUUUUGCCAAGAUAGAUACUUAACGUAUUAAUAUUUAAAGCCAAUCGAAGUUAACUGAACAUUUA